CACUUCUUAUACUCUGACUUUGUAAACACGUCAGAGCAACUUCAAAAGGACCUACAUGAUAAUAAGACUAGUGGUGUCAACGGGUUAGGCACAGGACAAAGAUGUGAGAGAGGGAAUUCUGUAGGUUCGAUUAAUUGGAAGCCUCUUAAGUGGACCUGCUCUAGAAGCUUGUCUUCGUGGGGUUCAGGGUUUAACCAUUCAAGUAGCUCAAAGAGCUUAGGAGGUAUAGAUUCUGGAGAAUGGAAGCCUGAGUUACAACAAAAAACUUUGAUCCCAAUCCAGUCACAUUCUGGGGACGCAGCAGCCUGUGUCUUAUCUGCUGCACCUUCUGGUGAGACAACACCAAGAAAGAAGCCAUGCCUUGAAUGGGGUCAGGGUCUAGCAAAAUAUGAAAAAAAGAAAGUUGAAUGCCCUGAUAAAAGCAUGAACAGAGUUGAGGCUACAACUUCUGCUGGUAGUACGGAAUCCAGCAAUUCUAUGAGUUCUAACUUGGCUGACAAGAGCUCUAGAGUUCUUGGAUUUUCUGAUUGUUCUUCUCCUGCAACUCCCUCAUCUGUUGAUUUUGGUUCCUCACCAGGUGCCAUCGCUCUAUGGGGUAGAGCUAGAGCCAAACUCUGGAGAAUUUUGUCCUAUUUCAAAUGUGAUUUUGUUUGGUCUACUACAAUAAAUUAGUUUUUACCAUGUAAAGGUGAUGUUUUGAGGGCAUUGGAGAUGAUUGAAACUGAAAUUAAUUCACUUGAAAAUGAACUUUAUUCUCUUCCUGAUGAGGAAAAUGGGAAAACUUGUGAGGAACAAAAGAUUGUAUCUGUUAUGAUGGGGAUAUUGAUAGUAGUUUCUAAAUUUGUGGAGCCAUUGUCUUUGGAGAAACUAGUUUCUGCAUCAGAUAAUUUGGUUACCAGUCAAUUGACAACAAUGGAGGAGGUGGUUUUAGUGACUGCUUCAAGUAAUGAAGGGAGUGGUACACCCAUUUCUGGGGAAGGCAGCAUGGUCAAAAAGAUUGAUGACAAUGCACAUGUUCCUGGCUCUUUAAACUAUGAUGCUGGUAGAGAAAAUAUGGUAUAUGUUGAAAUACUGACCCCUUAUAAGGAAUUGGCAAAUGGAGCUUGUAAAGUAUUUAAUAACCUAUUGCCAAAAGACCAGUAUAGGAUUAAGAUUUCUGAUAUUCACAAUGCAGCAAGCUGCCAGACUGAUUCCUCAAUCAGGAAAAGGAUUGCAAUGCAGAAGCAGUACUUAAGAUUUAAGGAGAGAAUUUUGUCGCUUAAGUUUAAGGCAUUUCACCAUGCAUGGAAUGAAGAUAUGUGUUUACUGUCAGUGAGAAAAUGCCAUGCAAAGUCUCAGAAGAAGUAUGAAUUUAGUUUAUGUUCAACAGAUGGUGGCUACCAAAAGCAUUGCUCCUCCAUUCUUUCUCAACUCUCUUCUGGUGGAAGAUGCAGCAGUUUAGAGGAUAUGAAGUUCAACUUAUCUCCUAGUUUCAAGAUCCUGGAACCUAGUACAGUGAUGAUUAAUAUUGCAAGCAAACUGCUUCUAGAUUUCAAUGGCAGGCUUUACAGGAAUGCUUUGAAGAUGCCGGCAUUAGUUUUGGAUGAGAAAGAGAAGCAGGUUUCUAGGUUUAUCUCUAGUAAUGGACUGGUUGAAGACCCAUGUGCUGCUGAGAAGGAAAGAGCUUUGAUCAAUCCUUCGACAUCCGAAGAAAAGGAAAUUUUUAUAGAUAAGUUGGCUGCCUUUGGGAAGGACUUCAGAAAGAUUGCCUCUUUUCUUGAUCACAAGACAACUGCAGAUUGUGUCGAGUUCUAUUACAAAAACCUCAAGUAUGAAUGUUUUGAGAAAAAGAAGCUUGAUCUGAGUAAGCAAGGGAAGUCUUUUAUGAAAUUGUUGACAUCUAGGAAAAAGUGGAGCCGUGAAUUUAAUGCUGCAUCCCUUGAUGUUCUGGGUGCAGCUUCAGUUAUAACAGCUCAUGCAGAAAAUGCCAUGCAAAAUCAGAAAACAUCUUCAGGUAGGAUCUUUUUUGAAAGCCACUGCAAUUCUAGAACAUCUCAAUUUGAUGAUAGCAUUGCUAAAAGGUCAAGCAGUUCUGAUAUUAUUUGGAAGGAUGAAGUAGCUGUAGCUGCUGAUGUUUUAGCAGGUACCUGUUGUUCUUUGUCUUCCAAGGCAAUGAGUUCUUGCAUCAUUAGUUCUGCUGACCCUGGAAAAAUCUGUCUUUAUACAGGCCAUCUUGUCUUAGGUAAGGAUUUUGGAAUGAUCUCACAAUCUGUUGGAACAAGAUCCAGGGAUCAAUGCAAGGUUUUCUUUAGCAAAGCUCGCAAAUGCCUUGGACUGGACUUGAUACAUCCAAGAACUAGAAGCAUUGGAACACCCAAAAGUGAUGAUGCAAUUGGUGAUGGCAGUGAUACGGGAGAUGCUUGUGUCCUGGAGAGCUCAGUUGUUUGCAGCAAAAAGUUGGUGUCCAAAAUGGAGGACUUGCCUUCCUCUAUUGUGAGCAUGGACUUUGAUGAAUCUGAUAUUAACAGGGAAGUGAGUUUGCAAACUGACCUGAACUUAUCAGACGAAAAAAAUGGGAGGCUAAUAGAUCAUACUGAGCCAAUUUCUGGUGGUGGUGGUGAUGAUAUUGUUGUUGAUAGCAGCAAGGCUGAGUCGGUUUAUGUUCAUGGAACUGUUGCUUUGGCCAAUCUAAAUGCCGUAAGAAAUCACGUUGCUGAACAGGGACCAGGUGUUUCUAUUGCAGUAUCAGGAUCUCUUGGGGAGGCUGUUGAUCCUUGCGUUUCUAGAUUAGAUACUGUGCUUGAGCCCAAAUCUGAUGCUGGUUUGGGAAAUGAUUUGGAGGCAAGGGAAACUUCAUUGUCCAAAGAUGGUCUGGAUGAACAUCAUACAAAAUGUAGUGCAGACACUAGCAGCCGAAGUAUUUGUAGGCUAGAUGCAAAUAAAGCCAAAGACGAGUGCAUUGAUAGAAAUUCUUCUUCAGGUUUUAGCUUCAGCUCUAAAGAUCCACAACAGGGUCCUCCAGAUUUGAAUUCAACUUCAGAGUCUUCUGGCACAUUAGUGCAAAAGGAACAGUUUUCCGCUAAAAAUUCUGCAUUUUGUGAUUCUGAUGCGUUUCAAUGCGAGAAAACAUGCAACCAAGACAGAUUGUCAUCAACACUUGAUUAUGAGAAGAAUGAAAACAAACGAGAAACGAAAGGUAAUGGGUUCUACCGGUCCAUUUUUGGCUCAACAUUGACAUCUUCAGAAUUGCAGCGGUUCAGAAUCAGCCCUGAGCUUCCACACCCUUUGCAAAACUUUGAAAAAGCAAGUUUGCAUCAGAAAUCCCAUUCUCGGAGUCUGUCAGAUACAGAAAAACUGUCCAGGAAUGGUAAUGUGAAGCCGUUUGGCCAGAUAUUCAAUUCUAGUUCCCGAAACAAUGACAAGGUAGCUCAUUUUUCAAAACAAAGCUCAAAAACAUUAAAUUCAAAGUUCACAAGCCAUGACAAUGAUGGUGGAGAUGCAUCUUUGCCUGACUCAGCUAUGUUGUUGGCUAAAUAUCCUGCUGCAUUUGUUAAUUAUCCUGCUUCCUUAUCUCAAGUUCACCCGCAAGCACUGCAGACUCUUGUCCGGAGCACUGAACGAAACUUCAAUGGUGUUCCAGUUUAUUCCCUUAGGGAAAUAAGCAGCACUGGGGUGGAUUAUCUCGUGUACAGGGGCCAUCAUUGCAUGAAGGUUGCACAAUUUACUAUCGAUAUGAAGCAGCAACAUGAAAUGUUCCCCCAGAUGUGA